AUGGCCAACAACAGAGCUGCCAAGUCUGGAUUUGCUGCCGAAGCACAGAGAAAGAUCAACAGCAAAUACAGCGAAGAGCUAGCCCAGGAGUGUCUAGAAUGGAUCCAGGCCAUUAUCGGCGAGCCCACCAACACCUCCGGUGACAUGGACAACUUCUAUGAAGUACUUAAGGACGGCACUAUUUUGUGCAAGCUCGUGAACGACAUUCAACCUAACAUUGUGAAGAAGGUGAAUGUUUCGAAGAUGGCCUUCAAGUGCAUGGAGAACAUCAACGCUUUCCUAGAAGCCGCCAAGACGUUGGGCGUGCCGGCGCAGGAAACAUUCCAGACUGUCGACCUGUGGGAGAGGCAGAACCUCAACUCUGUCGUCAUCUGCCUGCAAUCCCUUGGCAGAAAGGCCGGUAACUUCGGAAAGCCGUCAAUAGGACCAAAGGAAUCUGAGAAGAACGUGCGAAACUUCUCCGAAGAGCAACUUAGGGCUGGUCAAGGUGUGAUCUCUCUGCAGUACGGCUCCAACAAGGGUGCCACCCAGAGCGGCAUCAACUUUGGCAACACGAGGCAUAUGUAA